CUCUUGUUUAGUAAGGUCAAUUUUUAUCGCAGGAUUGGUUUUGCAGCGUGGUCAAUUGAUCUUCGCAAGUCACUUGGUCGUCCAUUCAGAGCAUUAAAUAAUGCCGAAGUCACUAGUUCUUCCGGCGGUGAGCCUGUUGGCGUUAAUCGCCCUCUUGGCGUUGGCUGACGUUCCGGUUAGCAGCAGUGCGAUGCCCACAGAAGCUGGCAGAUCGACAAACUCUUCUGUACCUCACUCAAGUCAUGGUAUGGAAACCCAUUCAACUGAAGCCCCCCAGUCAGAGCACGCGACUACGGAACCCGAAACGGAAGCUCCUUCGGCUGCUAAAAUGAAAGGAAUGAAAAACGAGGGUUCAAAUUCUCGAGGUAUUCUUGCUAACUUGACAGUUGCAGAAAUUGUGCAUCAAUUCAGAGUGGAAGAUUUCCGUAAAAUCUUCACGUACCAGCCUGCACCAGAGUUAAGCGUACCACAAAACGAAUCUAUAGCUUUCCUGUCUGGAGUUUUGAAAGCUGUUAAUGCCAACUUGGAUUCAAUGAUGGUAGAAACGGCGAAACACGUCGCGGAGUCGUUGGUUCAGGUCGUAACCGCUGAAACUGGAAAUGAAGACGAGCCCGAUUUCAUAAACCAGCUCAUCAACGAGAAUAUGAAAACGCUCGUGUCAUCUCUGAAGGAUUAUCCUUUCCUGAAAGAAGGCAUAUACCUCUGGCUUACAUCGGAAGAUGACACCAACGACACCUCCUCUGGUUCGGGACUUUCUCCCUCUGGCAGAUCAUUUCCUUUCAAAAAGCCCGAUCCCGUGCCUAAGUUCUUCUGCCCCGAUCGGAUAACUGAACUCGUCAACUGUUGGUCGUACGAUAUUUUGGAUAUGAUCGCCGACAGGGCCAAGGAUUAUUUAAGCCCUUUCCGUUGGUAGCCACUAUAAUUAUUACGUUAAUGUAGGUUCAGUAGAGGAAUUUUCAUCGGUAUAGUUUUAAUCUAAAGGGUGUUGAAAUGAAUAGUGUCUGGAAACUGCUCGAGGUUAAAUGUAAAAUAAUUUAAUAAAAUAGGUUCUAA